AUGGAGCUCAGGCGAAAACGAGCUGCCACGCCGCAGAAGCCAUCGCGCCUGCAGCCAACAGAACCCUUACAUAUGACUACACGUGCCGCAUCUAAGGCUGCUUCUUCUAACGGGGGAUCAAGUCGCCGGGGUUCUCUCUACUCUAACGGACAAAUCAGUCCGAUGGCCGCUAUGGAAAAUGAAGGCGACAGAUAUCCCAAGCGAAGAAGAGUCUCAAUGGUAUCCAAGUCAACGCCAACCGGAGCUGUCUAUACCUCUCAAUCAUCGUCCUCCAGGCCCUCUACAAGGAGUAUGUCUGGUGGCAAUCUCCAUUCAAUUGCCGAAUCGUCGCCUGUGCCUCGCAGGAAGAGGAAACGAACAUCAGAUGUCACAGCUGAGAACAUCUCGGUAGCUCAGCCUAUCAAAAGCAUGGAUGAGUUCGAGCGAGCUCUACAUUCUCCGGCCACGAAAAAGCAGCCGCCGAGGAAGGCCAAAAGGUCGUCAUAUUCAUCCCAGGACCAGGAUACUGCCGAGGAAGACGACGAGGACUCCGUAGACAGUGAUGCAGAUGCUGCAGAAGAUGAUCCAAAGGACACGGUAGAAAGUUUUGAUGAUUCGCAACUUUCUGCGAACGAGCAUCACAAAGAAGCGUUAGACAAUAGUAUCGACGGUAUUGCAAACGGUGCAGCGGGCAGCUUCGACGAAGAUGACAGUAUGCAUGACGUUGAAGCUUCUGGAAAUGGAGCACAGGAUCUUCCAGAUCAACAGCCAGAGCAAGUAUCUGUACCAGACGACAUUACAGAGCAGCCAGGCGAUACUCAUCCAGACAACGCUGCUCUGCAAGAAUCUACAAACUCCCAGGAAGAGAAGCUAGAAGCAGGAUUGGAUGGAGACGACGCAGAGCGCGGCUACGAUGAAGACUUAGACAAUUCACGGGAUGAACUGGCCUUGCCUAAACAAAUUGGCAUAGCAACGCUCGAUCCUACGCCCGUCGUGUCUGCUGCAGCCUCCCCAACCGGCUCAAAUCAAGACUCGAAUGCGGAUCAAGAAUCGCCAACUAAGCAAUCGGCCUCAGUUCUUGUCGGAGGCGCACUGGCAGCAAGUCAAGAUGGCGAUAAGCCGGUCAAACGUCUACCAGGAAGACGCAGAGCUCCUCAUGCCAACCCAAAGGUUGAGGCUGCCCUACGCAGGCAGUUGCAUUUACGUAUGGCAUACCGGGCAGUGGCGAAGAAUUUGAAGCCCAUCCUUGCUGAGCUCGCGAAGCGAAGUCUCGGCAGCAUCCACAAAAGUCCUGAAGAGCACACAACCUUUUCAGAAUAUCCGAUCGUCAAGAACGGCCUUGAUGAAAAUUUUGAAGGUCGUCUUGCUUGGAUUCAGAAACAGAAAGAUCUCAAUAAACAGAGAUUGGACGACAUACUAGCAGAACAGACGGCGAUGCGGAGGAGAAACUUUGAGCACGUUGCCCUGAACAUCAGAGACGAUAUGCUUGUGCGCUUGCAGCACGACUUUCUCAACACUUUGCGUCAACAGCAGCAGGCCGAAGAUGAUGACUAUAGUGAUGACGAGGGUGACGAUGUCAUUCCCUCACUCCGACGAGUCACAGCUAAAGGUGCCCUCCGAGGUAUUCUGGGCCCUGAAUACCACUGGCGAAGUCGACCUGCCUUGGAGACCGAGAGAUUGUUCAACGAGAUGUAUGAACGGCAUUUGUUUGCUCGUGAACAUGUCCAGCACGACGAGAAAUCUGCUCUUGAAGACCCUCGACCAUUUACCACCUUUGAUCCUGUUGUUCGAGAAGCAGCGGAUGCUCAGCGAAAGAUGAGAGAACUUCUUGCUGCUCUGGGAGAAGCUGCAGAAGAGGUUGCAAGGCCACCUCCUGUACCGAUUGUUGAGGCCCCACCAGCAAUUCCAGUCAUACCAAACAACGAGGCACUCGGUCUGCUAAUGCUGGCUGAAGCAUCAGCUACUACCAACACUGCAACACCUGCACAGUUUGAGAACACAUCGAUACCUCAGAAAGAUGUCCCGUCAGACGUACCCUCACGACAGGAUAAUCUAAGCGUGCCCAGACCCAGCAUGUCUCGUGCUGGAAGUGUUGCUACAGCAGCUCCUUCGACCAAUACACCGGCGAAGACUCUGGAAGAACCUGUUCCUGAGACACGCCUGCCAACAAGUACACCUAUCAGUUUCAGUCAAGCUGUGCUUGAGCCGUCGACAACACAAACUGCUCCUCUCUUCCCACGAAGCACACAGCAUGAGCAACAAGAGCAAAGGCCUCAAUCAGGACUUCCGCAGCUUCCACCCAUAGGCCAAGUUGUGGCAUCACAAUCGCACGCGGAGUCAAUACCGCAACCAGUAACCACGUCUUCGUCACUACCCACACCAUCGAAACCCGUUGCUACCGAUUUUUGGUCAAGCCUCGCCGUGAACAGCAUCAAGACCAACUCACAAGGCAAAGCUGAAUUUGCUCCCAAAGCAGGGGUACAGCAGAUUCCAACAACAGAGCAAUCUAGCAACGGUGCGGAUAACGCGAAGACGGAAGAAAGAGAAUCUCGGCCGUCGUUGACAGGGUCUUCGACUACUCUGGAACCUUUACAACAGACACUAAGGAACACGUCAGAUUCUUUCGGUCCACUGCUUGACAGACCUGGUGAUCUCGACGAUCCUCAGCCACGCAAGAUGCCUGCACCUAAGAAGUCUCUAUACGGACCUUGGCCUCGGAGUCGGAACUACAACCCACUGGACCGAAGGGCGAGUACAACCAGCACAGCGCCCUCUCAACCCAGUCUACCUGGCAUCCACCCGAGACCAUCGAGUGGUCUUGGUGGAACCGGCCCUUACAGUACAUCGGAGUCUCGACACACAAGCUAUGCACCAGCUCCUCCACCAUCACUGCCAGGCUUUUCUAACGCUCCAUCGCAAUCAGGACCGUAUGGUCCGGCACCUAUAUAUGGAGCGGCUCCAGCACCGCCGCCGCCAUAUGCCUAUGAACAACGAGGCCCAUACCCUCCAAUCACACCAUACGCACCGCCAGGAGGAUUUUCAGGAGUGCCUGGAGGACCAAUGCAGCAAGGUCAAGGACCGCCUCCGUUCUAUGGUGGGCCUCACAAUCUUCCACCUCCAUCUCAGCAACAAGGCGGGUACCCACCUAUAACAUCUCGACCUCCACCAACGCCACCAGCGUAUGGACCACAGUACGGAGGACAGCCUAUACUCCCGGCUAAUCAUGAUCCCCGAUAUGGACCCAAUGGACAACCGGUAACGAACAAUGCCGGGCCAGCAUUUGCACAAUACCAGCAGCAUGAUGGAAGGAGGAGGCGGAACCAGAGUCUUGGGCACCGAGAGUUUCAGCAUUAUCAAGGACCUCGAUGA